GAGCUGCAGGUUUGAAGGAAAAGACCCUGAUUCUACUUGAUGUGAGCACCAAGAACCCAGUCAGGACAGUCAAUGAGAACUUCCUCUCUCUGCAGCUGGAUCCUUCCAUCAUUCAUGAUGGCUGGCUCGAUUUCUUAAGGGGGAAGAAAAAGUGGAGGAAGAAGAAAUACGAAGAAGGAGGAGGAGGAGAAGAGGAGGAGGUACAGCAGCAGCAGCAGCAGCAGCAACAGCAGCAGCAGCAGCAGCAGAAGCAGCAGAAGCAGCAGCAGACUGAUCUGUCUUUCAAAGAGAAAAAAAGGAGGUUUCCCCCCUCCUGGAAUAUUUGCUGUGAGGCUGUAACUAGUGAUUGAGAGAAGCAAUGUUUUCUAUUAAGAUGCACGUGUUUGCAAUGCAGAAGGCAUUUCAGAAACUUAUCAGUUAUGACUGAAAAAAUGUUGUGCUUACAUAUAUCCACAAUUAGUCUCCCCUUCUGAAAAAGAAACAAGAGGUUCAGGGAAGUUACAAAAGGGAAGAUCUGGAGCAACAAAGACCCUAGAGAAGGGUUGUGUGUGUGAGAGAGAAGCAGUGUGCAUGUGUUUGCGUGUUCAGUGGGGAGACUGCAUGAAAGUGGAAUUUGCCACGGAAAAGGAAAGAUGGUUUCAUCGGUUCUCCUCCCAGACAGAAAACCAAUUUAAGGAGAGUCCUAAGCGCUCCAAGCGUCUGGUGACCCUGGCCCGGGGACUCUCGCCAGCCUUUCUGCGCUUCGGGGGCAAAAGGACGGAUUUCCUGCAGUUCCAGAACCUGAGAAAUCCGGCGAAAAGCCGCGGGGGCCCGGGCCCGGAUUACUAUCUCAAAAACUAUGAGGAUGACAUUGUGCGGAGUGAUGUUGCCUUGGACAAACAGAAGGGCUGUAAGAUUGCCCAGCACCCUGAUAUAAUGCUGGAACUCCAGAGAGAGAAGGCAGCUCAGAUGCAGCUGGUUCUUCUGAAGGAGCAAUUCUCCAAUACCUACAGUAACCUCAUAUUAACAGCCAGGUCUCUAGACAAACUUUAUAACUUUGCUGAUUGCUCUGGACUCCACCUGAUAUUUGCUCUAAAUGCACUGCGUCGUAACCCCAAUAACUCCUGGAACAGUUCUAGUGCCCUGAGCCUGUUGAAGUACAGUGCCAGCAAAAAGUACAACAUUUCUUGGGAACUGGGUAAUGAGCCAAAUAACUAUCGGAGCAUGCAUGGCCGGGCGGUAAAUGGUAGCCAGUUGGGAAAGGAUUACAUCCAGCUGAAGAGCCUGCUGCAACCCAUCCGGAUUUACUCCAGAGCCAGCCUGUAUGGCCCCAAUAUUGGACGGCCCAGAAAGAACGUCAUUGCUCUCCUAGAUGGCUUCAUGAAGGUGGCAGGAAGCACAGUAGAUGCAGUUACCUGGCAACAUUGCUACAUUGAUGGCCGGGUGGUCAAGGUGAUGGACUUCCUGAAAACUCGUCUGUUAGAUACACUCUCGGACCAGAUUAGGAAAAUUCAGAAAGUGGUCAAUACAUACACUCCAGGAAAGAAGAUUUGGCUGGAAGGCGUAGUGACCACCUCAGCUGGAGGCACAAACAAUCUAUCAGAUUCCUAUGCUGCAGGAUUCUUAUGGCUAAACACUUUAGGAAUGUUGGCCAAUCAGGGCAUUGAUGUUGUGAUCCGACAUUCAUUUUUCGACCAUGGAUACAACCAUCUGGUGGACCAGAAUUUUAACCCAUUACCAGACUACUGGCUUUCUCUCCUUUACAAACGUCUGAUUGGCCCCAAAGUCCUGGCGGUGCAUGUAGCUGGGCUUCAGCGCAAGCCACGACCAGGAAGAGUCAUCCGGGACAAACUGAGGAUCUAUGCUCAUUGCACAAACCAUCACAACCAUAACUAUGUCCGUGGCUCUAUUACACUCUUCAUCAUUAACCUGCAUCGAUCAAGAAAGAAAAUCAAACUGGCUGGGACUCUCAGGGACAAGCUUGUGCACCAAUAUCUGCUGCAGCCCUAUGGGCAGGAAGGCCUUAAGUCCAAGUCUGUGCAGCUCAAUGGCCAGCCUUUAGUGAUGGUGGACGACGAGACCCUUCCAGAACUGAAGCCUCGCCCGCUGCGGGCCGGCCGGACAUUGGUCAUCCCUCCAGUCACCAUGGGCUUUUAUGUAGUCAAGAAUGUCAAUGCUCUGGCCUGCCGUUAUCGAUAAACCAUCCUCUGUUCAUGAGCCAUUGGUGGGCCUGCUGGACUGCUUUCUACUCUUCACCCCUGUAGCACCCUUACUCCUCAGACAUCUUCUUUAGCAAACAGCCUCCCAUGAUGCUGGAGGCAACAUAGACUCUCUGCAAAGAGGCAGAGCAUCAUAGUGUGAGCUUAGCCUAGGUAGGUGGCAUCCGUCC